AUGUUCUCUUUCCUCAACCCUUGGAUCCGGUACUUCCUGUUCUUCUUCAGCUUUUUAUUCUGGGUGUUUUCUCUUCUUAUCGUAGCCAUUGGGGUGUAUGCUAAAGCUCAGAAAGCGACAGACACCGUGCGGGACUCGUUCCUAAUUGACCCGGCUGUGAUCCUCAUAGUGGUGGGAGUUGUCAUGUUCUUCAUCACCUUCUGUGGAUGCAUUGGAGCUCUGCGGGAGAACAUCCGCCUUCUUAAGAUUUUCUCGUUUAGUCUGACGCUGGUCUUUCUUACCCAAAUGGCCAUUGCAAUCCUGGGCUUCUUCUACUCUGAGCAGACACGAGAUGCUCUGGGGGAAUUCGUGAAGAAAGCCAUUGUGCAUUAUCGAGACGACCUGGACCUGCAAAACCUGAUGGAUUACAUCCAGAAAGAGUUUAAGUGCUGCGGCUGGACUAACUACACCGACUGGUCCUGGAACCCAUACUUUAACUGCAGCUCGUCAAACCCCAGCAAUGAGAGAUGUUCUGUGCCGUUCUCCUGCUGCACACCUCUGCCUAGAGAGACUGUGAUCAACAGCAUGUGUGGCUUCGGAAUUCAGACGCAGAACCACCUCAAUGCCACCAAAUCCAUUUAUUCGGUGGGCUGUGCAGACAGAGCUGUUAUCUGGAUCGAAUCUCACCUGCUGUUAUUUGGGGCUCUGACUCUGGGUCUCGCUUUACCACAGGUAACAAUCAGCUGA